UUGAACAAAGUUCAUGCUCAAGACAUGACUAGAUACAUCAUCAAAGUGGAAGCAGAUCCCUCAUCUGACAAAAUCUGGGUCAUUCUGUCAACUGGAAACAUAAAAUCUCAAGAGACAGCGAUUGCAAAAGAAGGGGAUACUAUUAUUGACUUUGAGAAUAAGCCUGAAGAAAUUCUUAUACGAAGAGAAACCUCCCUUUUGCGUACUUUCAGUAAAUGGUACUGUCGGUAUGUGACAGCCACCAGUCCUGAUGAGAACACAUACUAUUUUCCCAUCUUCAGAAAUAUUUCUGCUGGACUGACCACCAUUAAGGAAAAAUCAGGCAAAUUGCCAUGUGAGGACCUUUCGGAAGAGAGAGAGAAAGAUUUGAAAGACAGAAAUAAUUAUUUAGUGACGUUGGGUUGGAGACAGCUUGAGCAAACAGCUUUAUCUGGUGAAGUUCCCACUGAAAAGCCAAAGGAACAUAACUUUUUACUAGGAACAUCAUUCUUAGUAAAAGCUUUGUCAUUCUCACUGAAACUUUUUAUAGUUUUCAGAGAUGAGACUCCUCUUGACACAAAAAUUGUGAAUGGACUUCCAAGGUUCACAGAGGCUGGAAGUAUUUUCAAAUUGCCAAGUGAACUGUGGUUUGAUGCUCCUAAACUUCUGACAUUGAUUUACUAUCUAGUUAUAAUAAAAAUACAGAGGAAUGUACGUCAAUUUUGGAAUAUGGGCCACCGAUGGAGAACAAUAGAAGACAUCAGAAGGGUAUUUUUGUUUCCAAGUAAAAAAGCAGAGUACAUUUCCAAAAACUGGAAGGAUGAUGCCUUUUUUGGUAGUCAGUUUCUCAACGGCUGUAAUCCAUUAUUAAUUAAAAAAUAUACUGAGGACAAACAGAAGAUCCCAAUUAAGAAGCUAAAGAUGUUCUAUCCUGAUAUAGAGGCAAGCAUAAUGGAAGGAAUCAUCUAUGUGGUUGACUAUGAGCUGCUGGAUGGAAUCAGAGAAAAUGUAAUCAGUGGGCACCAGCAGUUCCUGGCAGCUCCAAUUGUUCUUUUGAAGGAAGAAGACAAUACACUGAUGCCCAUUGCUAUACAGCUGACACAGAAACCAGCAGAUGAUGAGCCAAUUUACACUCCCUGUGAUGGAAAUGCCUGGCUCCUGGCGAAGAUCUGGGUCCGAAAUGCAGAUUUCUAUAUUCAUGAACUGUCUUCACACCUCUUACAAACUCAUCUGGUCGGGGAAGCCCUCUUCAUUGCAAUUUAUACUUCCAUGUCUAGAAAACACCCAUUACUGAGGCUUGUCUCUGAAAGUGGAAGGUUUACUCUCCCAAUAAAUGUAAUUGCCAGAAACAUUCUUGUCAAUGAGGGAGGAUUCUUCACUCAGAAUACAGGACUUGGAAAAGGUGCUCAGUUGGAGAUUUUAAAAAGGGCUUUCAAACAGCUGACCUACCAGUCCCUCUGUCUGCCUGAUGACCUGAAAAACCGUGGUGUGGAGAACUUGAGCAAUUAUUACUACAAACAAGAUGGGCUGAUGAUCUGGGCGGCAAUAAAUAAGUUUUGUGACGCUGUGGUGAACAACUAUUAUAGAAACGACUCAGACAUUAAAAAUGAUUAUGAGCUUCAGAGAUUUAUCAAGCAGUUAUAUCAGAAUGGAUUAUCCAAGUGCAAAGGUGGUUGGCCCAACACUCUAGAAACCAGAGAAGAUACCGCAAAGUUUCUCACGACAAUCAUGUUCACCUGCUCAGCCCUACACGCGGCAGUUAACAAUGGCCAGUACGACACCUAUGCCUGGAUGCCCAAUGGACCAACAACAAUGAGGCAGCCUCCUCCCAAGUUGAAGGAGGACGUCACUGAGGAGUACAUCAUGAACACUCUGCCAGACAUCAACGUCACCCUGGAAUCCAUGUCUGUGGCCCAUUUCCUCAGCCAGCCACCCUCUAGAAACCUUUUAGGGCAAUACUCUGAUGAGGUGAAACAUGAACCAAAAAUGAAAGGUCCUAUUGAAGAAUUCAAUGAAGUACUGAAGAAAAUCGAGGACUACAUCGACAGGAGAUCAAAGACUCAAGAACUCCCUUACGAGUACUUGAGUCCUUCCUCAAUAGAAAACAGUAUCACCAUCUGAGACAAGGUGCAUGAUGUACAAAAACAGACCACACAAGAAAACACCUUCAAAUAGCAGAUAUUGUGCCAUUUUCCUCCCAAUACACAUACUCAGACUUUGAAUCCUAUAGUAUGUCAACACAGCAUAGUACAUUUGCCUUUAAUUUACAACUGAUCUGGUUUAUUCACUUCCUAACAUCGGGAGAGCAUAUUUCAACUUAUUACUCAUGCUUGGUUUGGUAGCUGUGGAGAUGGAUCCUGUUCCUUUAUCUUUCCUGCAGUUUGGGCUACAAUCUGUCAGUAGGCUUCUUACCACUUAUUCCAAACUUCUUUGUUCCCUUUGUUUCCCUUUUGUCCCUAGGCAAGUACAGUUGUUUCUUCUGGGACUACCUACUUGUCACUAUUUUCAGGGAAUCCCCCUGCUUUAAAUUAACUUCCCCCUACAACAGUGGACAUCUGUCCAGUUUACCUUGACUGUCCAAAGUGUAUGGCUUUUUACCUAAAAUUGUUACUGUAGAUCUCUGGCACUCAAUGUUUUUUGCUGCUUGUGAUUUUACAGGUGUGGAACAUUGCUGCAGGGAGCCCAUUGAGAUGAUCACUAUAAAUAGUUCUGUAGACACUAGCUUUAAUAAGAUCUAAUAUUGCAACUGAGAAUCAUUUUAUGUGGUUAAAACAUAUCUCUUAUCGAUAUUUAUUUUCAUGUAAUUCCAAACUUAAUGGGAAGAAUGCUCUUAUUUUGUUUUUGUUUAAAUUUGGUUUUAGUAUCAGGGUUAUUGUUUUUUGUUUAAAAUUGUUCUGGUGGUGGAUGAUCUUGUAAUAAACAUUUUGUUUUCUUAUAUUGCAAAAUACAGGUGAUACAUAUGUGGGAUUAUUUCUGUUAUGGUUUGGAAAACACUAAGGGACUGGGGACACUUCAUCUUGUAUUUUUUUUCUGUACUUGUAUUGUACAUCAGUAAUGGUGAUAUUUAUGCUUGUAAUUGCCUGUCAUCCUCACAGCUUGUGCAGCACACAGAUGCUAGUGAAAAAAGAAAAUGAGAAAGAAAGAGCAUAUAUGACUUCCAUGUCAGCCACACUGCACUGGAUUCCAGUUACAGUGUAGAAUUUAAAAUUGUUACUAAAAUUUUAACUUUAAUUGGUUAUUUGUCUAACACUUAAGCUCUUUAUCAUCCUGUAAAUCGUAAAUCGAUGAUGGCCUUAUCUGCACUCAUAGGCCACACAUAGACCAAUUUAUUAUGUAAAACCUAUAUAUUCUCUUCACUUUUAUUACAAAUACACAUUAAUUUGAAGUUUUAAAGCUUUUUAAAUAGGGUAUUAUUAGUUUAAACACUUAAUAACUUAUUUUCAAAACAUAGACUUUUAAGUUCAGGUGGGUAGCUGCA